AUGAACGAGCCAUGGAAAAACCUCAUAAGAGAGUCGGACUUUUGCGAAGGAUGCAACGUAGCCUUCGAGGACGGAAACCCGAACCGAGCCCGCUACGAAGGGCAAGAGAAACACGAAAAAUGCUUCCGACUCUGCCUGGUUUGCCUCAAAUGCGUAGGGGACGGAAUAAUUACGACCUGCCCGGGCUGCAGAACGGAGCUGGCCUCGGACGAUGUGGUCAAAGUUGAGUGCAACUCGACCGAAGAAAAACCCGCCAGAAGGCGAUUCUCUCGCUCUUCAAGAUCCAGCAGCGUUUCAAUCACGAGCUGGCCGAUAAAGUACGAAAGCUUCGCGAAGAAAUGA